AUGGCAGACUUAGUACCUGCAAAGGUCCCUACGAUCACGACAACAGUGGCAGACCCAGUACUGCCCUUCGAUGAACCGAUCAAGCCUGUCAAGCGGACUUGCUAUCGGACGACUCUCUUCAAUGCCUUCGUCAUCGGUGCAGUCGGCUUCAUCGCUCCAGGUCUAUGGAAUGCCAUGAACUCUCUCGGAGCUGGAGGAGCACAGUCGCCAUACCUUGUCAACGCCGCGAACGCUCUUGUCUUCGGCCUGAUGGGAUUUCUAUGCCUCUUCGGCGGUCCAAUCGCCAAUCGGAUUGGGCUGAACAAGACUUUGCUGCUUGGGGCUGUCGGCUAUCCUAUCUACUCUGCUGGCCUUUACUGCAACAACCGCUAUGGCAACGUCUGGUUGGUACUGGUCGGUGCAGUGACGUGUGGCUUGUCUGCUGGUCUCUUCUGGGCCAGCGAGGGUGCCGUUGCUUUGGGAUAUCCUGAGCCUGGCAAGCGUGGCAGAUACAUGAACAUCUGGCUGUGGUUCCGCACUGGAGGGCCGAUCCUUGGUGGUGCGAUUGUGCUGGGUCUGAACAGUGAUGUUGGAGCCAAGACGAAGGGAAAGGUUGGCUACCAGACGUAUCUGGUGUUCAUCGCGCUGCAGUGCUUGGCUGUGCCCAUCGCACUAUUGCUCAGCCCGCCGGAGAAGGUGCAGAGAGCUGAUGGCAGCAGAGUCGUCGUGCGGGCUGAGAAGAGCUUCAAGGCGGAGUUCUAUGCAUUGUGGCAGGUGACGAAGAGGAAGGAGAUCUUACUGCUGCUGCCGGUAUUUCGGGCGGCGUACUCCAAUCAGUACAGUGGCACCCUCCAAACAUACUACUUUGGCGUCCGAGCGAGAGCUCUCAUCGGCUUCGUCAGCAACUUCGGCACCCUCUUGUCCUCCCAGAUCAUCAGCACCCUACUGGACUACAAAGGAUUUACCGUCAAGAAGCGCAUCACAAUCGGCUACUACUAUGUUGUGGUCAUCCACAUCAUUGCCUGGGUCUACGGCUGGGUCAUCCAGGAAAAGUACACCCGUACCAAGCCUGUCUUCGACUGGGUCGACAAAGGUUUCGUCGAAGGCUUCUUCGUGCUGUUGCUUUGGCAGUUCGCUCAGCAAGCACUGCAGAACUGGCUUUACUACUUCUUGUCGACAAGUACCGAUAACAGCUCGGAGUUGGCACGAUUCUCGGGUGUGCUUAGAGGGCAGGAGAGUUUCGCUCAGGCAGUGUCCUUUGGUUUCAAUACGAGUGGACAGGCGGGAGAGUGCCGUUGGCGGUCAACACUAUUUUGCUGGUCAAGUAACACGAAGCACUCAACAUGGUCAAUGACUGAUUCUUCUCGCAGCUAUUGCUGUCGUGCCUACUUGGCUAGCGAUGAGGAACCAUGUACCAGUCGAGACAGAGAAGUACCCGGCAGCAGCUGA